AGUCUCGGCUGCUUGCCGCUGUCGCUCCGGGGCCGCGGGAUGACGCCUCCUCCGCCCGGACGUGCCGCCCCCAGCGCACCGCGCGCCCGCGUCCCUGGCCCGCCGGCUUGGUCAGGGCUCCCGCUGCGGCUGCUGCUGCUGCUCUGGGCGGCCGCCGCCUCGGCGCAAGGCCACUCGAGGAGCGGACCCCGCAUCUCCGCCGUCUGGAAAGGCCGUGUAGGGCAGGACCGGGUGGACUUCGGCCAGGCUGAGCCGCACACGGUGCUUUUCCACGAGCCGGGCAGCUCCUCUGUGUGGGUGGGUGGACGCGGCAAGGUCUACCUCUUCGACUUCCCCGAGGGCAAGAACGCAUCGGUGCGAACGGUGAACAUCAGCUCCACCAAGGGGUCCUGCCUGGACAAGCGGGACUGUGAGAACUACAUCACGCUCCUGGAGAGGCGGGGUGAGGGGCUGCUGAUCUGUGGCACCAAUGCCCGCCGCCCCAGCUGCUGGAACCUGGUGAAUGGCACUGUGGUGCCUCUUGGCGAGAUGAGAGGCUAUGCCCCCUUCAGCCCAGACGAGAACUCCCUGGUUCUGUUUGAAGGGGAGGAGGUGUACUCCACCAUCCGGAAGCAGGAGUACAAUGGGAAGAUCCCUCGGUUCCGUCGUAUCCGGGGCGAGAGUGAGCUGUACACCAGUGAUACCGUCAUGCAGAACCCGCAGUUCAUCAAGGCCACCAUUGUGCACCAAGACCAGGACUACGACGACAAGAUCUACUACUUCUUCCGAGAGGACAAUCCCGACAAGAAUCCUGAGGCUCCUCUGAACGUGUCCCGCGUGGCCCAGCUGUGCAGGGGGGACCAGGGUGGCGAGAGCUCGCUGUCAGUCUCCAAGUGGAACACCUUCCUAAAAGCCAUGCUGGUGUGCAGCGACGCCACCACCAAUAAGAACUUCAACAGGCUGCAGGACGUCUUCCUGCUCCCCGACCCCAAUGGCCAGUGGAGGGACACCAGGGUCUAUGGCGUUUUCUCCAACCCCUGGAACUACUCUGCCGUCUGCGUGUAUUCCCUUGGUGACAUUGACAAGGUCUUCCGCACCUCCUCACUCAAGGGCUACCACUCCAGCCUUCCCAACCCUCGGCCGGGCAAGUGCCUCCCAAACCAGCAGCCGAUACCCACGGAGACCUUCCAGGUGGCCGACAGUCACCCUGAGGUGGCGCAGAGGGUGGAGCCCAUGGGGCCUCUGAAGACGCCAUUGUUCCACUCUAAGUACCACUACCAGAAAGUCGUCGUCCACCGCAUGCAAGCCAGCCACGGGGAGACCUUUCACGUGCUUUACCUAACCACAGACAGGGGCACCAUCCACAAGGUGGUGGAGCCAGGGGAGCGGGAACGCGGCCUCGUCCUCAACAUCAUGGAGAUCCAACCCUUCCGCCGCGCGGCUGCCAUCCAGGCCAUGUCGCUGGAUGCUGACCGGCGGAAGUUGUACGUAAAUUCCCAGUGGGAGGUGAGCCAGGUGCCCCUGGACCUGUGUGAGGUCUACAGCGGGGGCUGCCAUGGCUGCCUCAUGUCCCGAGACCCCUACUGCGGCUGGGACCAGGGCCGCUGUGUCUCCAUCUAUAGCUCCCAACGGUCAGUGCUGCAAUCCAUUAAUCCAGACGCGCCACACGAGGAAUGCCCCAACCCAAAACCAGACAAGGCGCCAUUGCAGAAGGUUUCCCUGGCCCCGAAUUCCCGCUACUACCUGAGCUGCCCCAUGGAGUCCCGCCACGCCACCUACUCGUGGCACCACAAGGAGAACGUGGAGCAGAGCUGCGAGCCGGGCCACCAGAGCCCCAACUGCAUCCUGUUCAUUGAGAACCUCACGGCCCAGCAGUACGGCCACUACUUCUGCGUGGCCCGGGAGGGCUCCUACUUCCGCGAGGCUCAGCACUGGCAGCUGCUGCCUGAGGACGGCAUGAUGGCCGAGCACCUGUUGGGCCGUGCCCACACCCUGGCUGCCUCCCUCUGGCUGGGGGUCCUGCCCACACUCACUCUUGGCCUGCUGGUCCACUAGGGCCUCCCGGGGCUGGGCAUGCUGCAGGCUUCUGCAGCCCAGGGGCGCUAGGAAGUCUCACACUCAGAGCCGGCUGGCCCGGGAGCUCCUUGCCUGCACUGCUUCCAGGGGACUGAACAACCCAAUGGGGGACGCCAGGCCUGGAGACGUCCAGCCGCAGGCGGCUGCUGGGCCCAGGCGGGGCGGGGGCGGUGGGGGGCUGAGAAUGAGGGCGCCGACUGUGAAGCUGGGGCAUCGAAGACCCAAGACUUUAUCUUCUGGAGGAUAUUUUCAGAAACUCCUCAAACUCGACAGUGAUGCUCCUGGCCCAAGAGCCCGUGGGCUGGGAAGAGGGAUUUGGAAAGGGGGAGCUGGGACCUCCAUCUCUGGACCUUGGGGCUGAGGCCUGAGUCCUUUUGGACUCUCUGUACCCAAAUGGCCUCCUUCCCAACCCCCUCCCUGCCCCAUGGCUGGGGUGGCCGGUGCUCCUGCAGACCCACGGCCACCCUCUGCCCAGCCCUGCCCUCUGCAGCUCCCUCACCGUCCCGGGUCCCACUGGACAGCCGCCUUGCAUGUUUAUUGAAGGAUGUUUGCUUUCCGGACGGAAGGACGGAAAAAGCUCUAUUUUUAUGUUAGGCUUAUUUCAUGUAUAGCUACUUCCGACUGCAUCUGUAUGAAAAUACCAAAACUACAUGCUGGGGUGGGGUGGGAGAGGGAGGGGCUGGGAAGGGAUGGGUUGGGGAGGGGGGUGAUCCCAGUCUGAGGCUCCUGGGGAUGGGCUAAGAGUCUAGCGACGGGCAUGGGUUCUUGGAGAGUGGCAUGAGCUGGCUCUGCCCCGGGAGCCCAGUCUGAAGAGGAUGUGGUCCAAGCCCCCGGUGUGGGGGGUGGUCAUGGGAGGGGGUGGGGAGACGGGAGAGUGAAGGAGAAAACUGAGCCCUAGGUUCACGGUGUUCAUUUAGAAGGAGGAGCCGGGUCCUCAGGGGGAGGUUCCAGGACUCUGCCCUUGGCAUUGGGGGUCGGGGGGCAGGGGGGGCCUCCUCCCUUCCCCUCAGCCCCCUUCCCCAGGGGCUGUGCUUCCAUGCUCCUAGCCUCCCACCUUCCGCUCAGGACAUGUUAUAACUUAGGCUAAACUGUGAAAAUUCCCGUGGGGAUGGCCUGGGCCAAGCUCUCCAGGUGGGUGGCCCUGCCCAGCCCAGUCCAUGGAUUUCAGCAGAGAGCUGAGCCCUUCUCUGGCUGUGUCUGGCUGCCCGGGGCAGGGCCUGGAGCCAGCGGCCUUCCAGCUUUGGCCCCUGCAUCUCUUCUCAAUGCACUUUAAUAACGUAACAUAUUACUAAUAAACAAGCUAUUUAUUUA